AUGCAUUCAUUCAUCCCAUCUCAACGGCAGCAGGAUAAAAUCCGGAUCCGGUUGCAUAAUGUGUUUCGAACCUACCGUCUGGGCAAACCAUUCGAUGAACGCAAUCCCGAGCACCAGGACGCACAUGUGGAAUUACCUCUGUCCGGCGAGCCGGAUGGACCAGUAUUCUUUCCCCCCGUACAGCCAAACUACCAUAUGUACCAAGUAAAUGAUAAGGGAUACAAUCUCGACUUGUACUCCAAUGAAGCAUUUGUACCAUCCAAGUACAGAAUCCCCUGGCGACGGUCUCGGAUGAUGCGAGAUUACUUUGAAGAUAGGGUUCAAACUUUCCAGUAUGACAGAACUCUGGGGUGGGGUGGUAACGGGAUGGCGGCAGUGUUUGAUGAAAUGCAUAACGACGGUGGGGGGAAAUGGAGAUCUGUCGUUGUGAAAAUGCUAUUCUCAGCCGAUGAAUAUAAGAAUGCCGAACAUAUUGUUCAGCUCCUAUAUAACGGUUUCGAAAAUGAGGUUGAGGUUGAAACUGAUAGCGAGGAUUCGGACGAGUCCACGGAUACCCAAACUGGCCAGAGACAGCAACGAUCAGAGUCAUCACCCGACGAAUCUAAUGAAGACUCAUCAUCCAGGAGGAAACGGAGAGUAGCAACAGGAGAACCGAGGCUCAACUGUUUUGUAACAGAAAUGCUAGAGAACGGGGAUCUAUCGCAAUUUAUAGCCAAAGUGAGGCAAAACGGGGAAACUGUCCCCAACGUAGUCCUUUGGCGUUUUCUUUUAUGCCUGGUCAGAAUGUGUAUUGGGCUAGCCUAUCCACCCGACAGUAUUGAACAAUUCAAAACUCUUCCUCCUCCUAUCACGGAGAAUGUCCCCCUUCCAGAGCAUAAUGUUGAGCCAAGGCGUAUCUGCCAUUUUGAUUUUGACCCUAGGAAUAUCUUCAUUGGAGAUAUUGCCACAAAUGCUGAGCAUCGAUGCGCGCCAAUUCUUAAGCUUGGAGACUUUGGGUUAGCUACUGAAGUUUUGAAUGGGAAAGAAAACUUUUAUUAUGAAAGACUUAGAUACUACGGCAAACGUGGCUUUUACGCGCCCGAGCAAUUCUGCGAGGAUUGGGACUACAUUGACCCCGAUGAUGACCAGGUGCAUCUACACCGCAUUGCUGGUAACUACGGCAUGCACACGAAUCUCUGGGCUGUGGGCUUAGUGAUGGAAACCCUCAUCACAUUAUGCUACCCAGCAUCACCACCCACGCCAACUUUAGUUAAAUGCUGCCAGCCGCCACACGAAGAAUACUACACCUACGGCGCACACCUACAAGAGGCGAGGGACGUCGUCGACCCGGAGCUCAUCGAAGUAGUCAUGCGUCUGCAGGCGCACGAAAUCAAAUACAGAUACACGUUUGAACAGCUCAGCGCGAUGGGGAUAACGGAUAAGGGCAACUUCGGCUGGACGGACCAGCGGGUUCUAACCUGGUUUCAGAAAGUUCUUCACGAUGCCCCGCUUGAUCGUGAUUAUGAAGUCGAGGCUAUCCUGGCAAAUCUUCCUAACGAAUCUACCCAACAACCACAAGGGCUGUCGCAGAUGUCACCACAACAGCAGCGGCAACCUGCAGAGAUUAUCGGUGUCCCGCCCGUCAACCCGCUACCGGACCACACGUUCAAACCCAUGGGCAAUCAACUUCCAGACAACGGUGGCCGCGGCGGCGCCGGAAGGCCAGGGCGUCGGGGCCUGCGCUCCAGAUAUCGCCGAGCCGGGCUCGGGAGAUACAAUGACGGUCAGCCCGGUCCUGUAAAUCCUCCCAUGCCACCUCGAAGGGUAGAGAAACGGUAUCCUUUUGAACGACGUGAGAUUAUCCCAUAUGAUCCAGAUUAA